AUGGGAUCAUCAAUGCUUUGCUUCAGCUGCACUAGUUUUGUAUUAAAUGUCAUAUAUAUCCUUCUCUUUCUUACAUUAUUUCGUUUUUCUUUCUCGCAACCAGUUUGCCGUGAUGAAGAAAGGUCUUCAUUAUUGCAGUUUAAGGAGAGUUUUAUUACUGACUACUCUGCUUCUGAUGAGCCUCAUGCAUAUUCAAAGGUUGCCUUCUGGACCAACAAAGAAGAGUCAAGAGAUUGCUGUAUGUGGCAUGGUGUUGAGUGCGAUGAGAUCACAGGUCAUGUCAUCAGCCUUAAUCUCAGUAGCAGCUAUCUCUAUGGCUCUCUUGACUCUAAUAGUAGCCUUUUCAACUUGGUUCACCUUCAAAUACUUGAUCUUGCAGACAACGAUUUCAACUACUCUCAAAUACCCAAUGCUAUCAAACGGCUUUCUAAACUCACCUAUCUCAGCCUAGAAGAUUCUUUCUUCUCUGGCCAAAUUCCGUCAGAAGUUUCAGAACUAUCCAAAUUGUUGCAACUUUCUUUGUGCAAUAACAUUGAUCCAUUCGGAAAAAGUCUUUUGGAACUAAAGAAGCCCAUCUUCGAGAGCUUGACUUCAAACUUGACAAGCCUUGAGGAACUUUUUCUCAACAAUGUUUACAUAUCAUCUACUGUUCCUAAAUCAUUGGCAAAUUUAUCUUCUUUGACGUCCCUAUUCCUAAGGGAUUGCCAUUUAAAAGGUGAAUUCCCUGUUGAUAUUUUUCAGCUACCGAAUUUACAAUAUCUUAGUGUACGGUUUAACGAAGACCUCAGUGGAAGAUUACCUCUAGUACUUAACCAGAGGAGUUCUCUCAAAUCUCUGCUAUUGAGCGGAACUCGCUUUUAUGGGGAUCUACCAUCACCAGUUGAGAAACUUGCAUCUUUGACUGAGUUUAAGGCUAGUGGCUGCAACUUUUCAAGAGCGAUUCUAUCUUCCAUAAGUAAGUUGAACCAACUCACUUUUCUCGAUCUUUCUGAAAAUAAUUUGAGUGGCACUUUGAAUUUUGACAUGUUUAUUAUCUUGAAAAACGUCACCGUCCUUGUUCUAUCCCAAAAUAAACUCUCACUGAUUUUUAGUUCUUGGAUAAAUGAAAAUUUUCCACAAUUCACUGUACUACACUUGUCCUGCUGCAACUUAAGAACCUUUCCUCAUUUUCUUAUGCAUCAAAAAAAUCUCCAGAUCUUAUCCUUUGUUGGAAACUCUUUAAUAGGGGAACUCUCAUCUGCAAUAUGCAAUCUAAGUUCUCUGAAAGUCCUUCUCCUUUCCAAUAAUAAGUUGGGUGGUGAGCUUCCACAUUGCUUCGGUAAGUUUAGUAAGUUAGUAUCGAUAGUGGACCUUAGCAAUAACUCUUUUUCUGGCAACAUUCCUGAAUUUACAAAGGGAAACCAACUAAAAAUCAUUAAUUUAGGUUACAAUCAAUUUGAAGGAAAACUAUCGAAAUCACUUACUCAUUGUAAGAUGCUUCGUUACCUCAAUGUGGAAAGCAAUAAAUUGAAUGAUAUUUUCCCUUAUUGGCUGGGGACUCUCCCAGAGUUAAUAAUUCUUCAGCUGCAGAAAAAUGAAUUCCGUGGAGUUAUAGAAGAGCCCAGAACAAACCUUCAUUUUCCAAAGUUGCGUAUUGUAGAUAUAUCUUACAACAACUUUUUUGGAAAACUGCCGUUGAAAUACAUUCAGAGUUGGAAGACCAUGAGAAGUACAAGCCUUGUCGACUCUAAUUAUAUGAUGACAAUACCUUUUCAAACGAGAAGCACAAGCAUUAAUGUCAACUACUCUUAUUAUAUGAUGAUAACGCCUUUUCAAAUCAGAGCAAAGAAUAGUUUGUUGACUUACCUACAUUAUCUCGACAUUACAAUAGCAAUCAAAGGCAUUCGUAUACACUAUGAAAAGAUCCAAAAUAUUAUUGCAGUGUUAAAUCUCUCAAACAAUAAAUUUGAUGGAGAAAUUCAUAAAAUCAUUGGAAACUUGGUAGGGCUUCAUGCUCUUGAUUUAUCCAACAACCUUCUCAAAGGGGGCAUUCCAACAUCACUGACUAAUCUAACAAAGCUCGAAUCCUUAGACCUUUCUCAAAAUUCUCUUCUAGGAGAGAUCCCAAGUGACUUGGACCAUCUCUCUUUCCUUCAAUACUUCAAUGUUUCGUACAACAAUCUCUCAGGGCCUAUACCACACACCCAUCUCAUCACAUUUGAUAGUAGCUUUUACGAGGGGAACUUGGGAUUAUGUGGCAUUCUACUGCAAAACUUAUGUGGAGCAUUGGAACAACCACUUCCUUCUUAUGAAGAAGAGAGAAAUUCUCCUUUUCAAUUUGGUUGGAAAGUUGUGGCAGUAGGAUAUGGAUGUGGAUUCUUAAUUGGGUGGUUCAUUGGAAAAGUUGUCAUUGCGCGAAAGCCCAACUGGUUAGUGGAGACCUUUAGCAUAAGGGGCUGA